CGAAAAAGCGGCGGGAUAAAAAGGAGAGCCGGCCGGCCGGCCAGCUCUAGGGACAAAAGAAAGAAGAAAGCCUAUAAAGGCACAGCGUGCAAGGAGCUCGAGGCACCCACGCCACGCCCGCGCUGCCUGCCUGCCCGCUUGGUAACAGAGCCAAGCAUUUGGAGUCUCGGAGACCUUGAAUUGGCUCGCCAAGAACAAGUCCUAUGGAAGAAAGCUCCAUGAAAAGAGAAGCCAUGCCCCGACUCCUGGAUCUCAUCCCAGACGAGAAAGAAUGGAGUCUGAGAGGAGGAGCACCAGGGCAGGCAAGAUCGAAAAACACAGGCUUCGGGAGCGACGAGGACGAGAAACUGGAGCUGAAGCUUGGCCUUCCAGGCCUCGUAGAGGAGGAGCCAGCGGCCAGCUCAAGGGAGAACAACAGGGUGCAUCAGGAGAGCCCGGCCCUCUCCCUCGGGUACCCCCCUAGACACUCCACGACCAUCACCACGACCACCACCGGAGCAAAGAGGGGAUUCCUGGACACGGUUGAGGCCAAAGCACAAGGUUAUGAGAAGGAGCAGAAGCAGCAGGCGAGGGCAGCAGCAUGUGGGAAGGAACUGGCAGUGGAGGAAAAUACAGCUGCCCCUCCUGCUACACCUGCGCGCAACAUCGGCAACAGACCGCAGGCGCGGGGAAGAGGGGCUGCAGCUCCAGUGGUCGGCUGGCCUCCAAUCCGGUCAUUCAGGAGAAACCUUGCAAGCACUAGUGCAUCCAAACAGCCCCCUGAACCGCAAAUCGGUGAAGCCAAUGCCAAGGCCGUUCUUGACUGCAAGAAAAGCCCUCUUGUAAAAAUCAACAUGGAUGGGAUCCCCAUUGGAAGGAAAGUUGAUCUUGCAGCAUGUGACAGCUACGAGAGACUUUCAUUGGCUGUCAAAGAUCUCUUCCACGGGUUUCUUCAAGUGCAAAGGGACCCGUCUAAGGUUGAACGUACACAGCAAGGAGCAGAUGAAAAUAUAUUUUCGCGGUUGCUAGACGGGUCCGGUGAAUAUACUCUAGUUUACGAAGACAGUGAAGGAGACAGGAUGCUGGUUGGGGAUGUCCCUUGGAAUGUGUUUGUCUCGACCGCUAAAAGGCUGAGGGUUCUGAGAAGCUCAGAGCUUUCCCAUGGUCUGAUUGGAGCUACUCCUGAGAGAACAGCACAUGGCUGAAAUGGUGACACCUUUUCAACCAUUUGAAAUGUUGCUCACUGAAGCCGGAAACUAAAUGAACUCCUAACAAGCAGGGGAAUGUCUCCUUUGUUACUGGUCGGGAAGACCUAAAUCCUGUGGUCAGUUCGGAGAUCGUUGUCCUUUUUGAGGAUUAGUAGUUCAGUACCCUUUUUUUUUUGCUUGUAGUGAGAUGAAUUAGCAUACCGCAGAUGCAUGGAGAUAUCCUGCCUAUUUUGUAAAUUAGGCUACCUUGUAUUUAACGCUAUAGUUCUUGAUUCAGUUACACAGAUUCGGUGCCUACUUUCUCUGACAAAAUUUGUAACCUGACAUGCAAAUCUGUUCAGGACAAAAGAGGACCAGCACCUGGCCUGUCCUGAUAGCAUCACACCACCGAACGAUAUAUAUGGAUUAGCAACUUCAUGUGGAAUAUGCUAUUAGAAGUUCAGGAUACAAAAA